AUGGAUGGAACUGGAACUAACACUCGUUGGUGCUCUGCACCAGGUUGUAUGUUGAAUAUAAAAAUAACGAGACGACAUUUCUUUCGAUUUCCGAAAGAUAGAAAAAGAUGGUUAGAAUGGAUUAAAGCAUGUGAUAGAAUGGAUUUGGUGACACUAGGCCCAGAAUUAUCAAAUCGAUAUUAUCGAUUAUGCCAUUUACAUUUUCGAGUAGAAAUGUUUCGAAAUAUAGAAGGACGAAUUUAUCUCAGCAAAGAAGCUGUGCCAUCAAUAUUUUUGAAACCAUUACAACAGACAGGAGAUAAUAAUUCAUCUACGACUUUGUUUCAACCGAUUUCUUUUGUAACUAUAUUUUUGAAGCCUGAGAACAGAAACAAAAACUGUAUAGAUUUAUCACAAUCCGAAGCAUCUGAAACACAUUCUAUGAAACCUGAUGAAAAAAACGUAUCAUCGGCUCAAACCGUGCUAGACAUGAAGCCAGAAAAUGAUAACAGGGAUACUUCCGCGGAAAUACAAUUUAUCAAAGAAUCAGAUACGAAUGUAGAAUCAGCACCAAUGUUGUCACGAAUAUUUCCAAAAGACGAAUGCAGUAAUACAGAUAUUAUAGAUUUAACGUCUACGGACUAUCCAGUGCCAACAACGUCGAAAACAGUAUCGGUUUGUACAACACCAUCAAAAACAGUAUCGAUUUGUACAACGUCGUCGAAAAUGGUAUCGAUAUGUACAACGUCAUCAAAAACAGUAUCAGUUCAUACAACUCAACAAAAUGGUGACAAGACAUCAAAAAGAAAACAUUGGAAUAUUUCGACACAGACACCAGAAUCUUGGAUUUCUUUAGUUCGAGGGAAGAGACCUAUGGAAAAAUCUGAUGCCGACGGUUUGGUUAUAAAGCGAAAGAAAACGUUCGACGCGGAAAAUGAAGAUAGUUGCCUGAACAUGGAUCAAUUUAAAACUGCGUGUGUAGACUUACUACCGCGUGAAGGAAUCGAUCCAAUACUCUCUUCGGUACACGUGAUCCGCGCGCGCGCGCACGUUGUUCACGCGGACUCCGGCGGCGGGUUACCUAGGACACCGCGUACAUACGAGGAGGGCCGCGUUGCGGGCGACAUUUCCGGCACAGUCGUGUCCUCGGUGACGGCGUCGACGGGGCCAUGCACGUCGACGUCCGCGUCGCGACGUCCGACUCGAGUGCAUUUCGAGGAUGUGAACGCCGUCGAGGACUCGUCGAGGAGCGUGGAACGUCGUGAGAUGUGCGUGAGACGUUUCUUUCCGUUUUUCUGCGAACAUGCGCUGAAAGAGGGUUCGAACGCUCUAUGA